GACAGCUCCGAGGGCGGAAGAGACAGCGCGCAGAUUGAGGGGGGUGUCGCUUGGCCGGGCCGGCGAGUGGCAGUGAGGAGGCCAAGGCUAGGGCGGGGAACGGAACUCUUGGGCCUGGCCCGGCGGGGCGGCCAGAAGAUGGCAGGAUUUUCAUAGUGUAUCUAGUAUGAGUCCCACAUCUUGGCCUCUUAACCAACUUCAGCAGUCUCCUCUCUACUGGCUGGAGAAUAAAUGGGAUUUGCACGAAUUCCAAACUCCCUGAACUGAAACAUAGACUGCAGUGUUAAUAUCCUUUUCUUCUGGUCGUCAAUAACAGCUCUUCAGAAAAUUAAAUGUCGUCAGAAGACCGAGAAGCUCAGGAGGAUGAAUUGCUGGCCUUGGCGAGUAUUUAUGAUGGGGAUGAAUUUAGAAAAGCAGAGUCUGUCCAAGGUGGAGAAACCAGGAUCUAUUUGGAUUUGCCACAAAAUUUCAAGAUGUUUAUGAGCGGCAAUUCAAAUGAGUGUCUCCAGAAUAGUGGCUUUGAAUACACCAUUUGCUUUCUGCCUCCACUUGUGCUGAACUUUGAACUGCCACCAGAUUAUCCAUCCUCCUCCCCACCUUCCUUCACACUUAGUGGCAAAUGGCUGUCACCAACUCAGCUAUCUGCUCUGUGCAAACACUUGGACAAUCUGUGGGAAGAACACCGUGGCAGUGUGAUCCCGUUUGCCUGGAUGCAGUUUCUUAAGGAAGAGACCCUAGCAUACUUGAAUAUUGUCUCUCCUUUUGAGCUCAAGACGGGCUGACAGGGAAAAGUGCAGAGAAGGACAGCUCAAGCAUCUCCCAACACAGAACUAGAUUUUGGUGGUGCUGCUGGAUCGGAUGUAGACCGAGAAGUGGUGGACAAAAGAGCUGUGCAGGAUGUGGAAUCAUUGUCGAAUCUAAUCCAGGAAAUCUUGGACUUUGAUCAAGCUCAGCAGAAAAAGGGCUUUAACAGUAAAUUGUUCCUGUGCAAUAUCUGUUUCUGUGAGAAGCUAGGUAGUGAAUGCAUGUACUUUUUGGAGUGCAGGCAUGUGUACUGCAAAGACUGUCUGAAGGACUACUUUGAAAUCCAGAUCAGAGAUGGCCAAGUUCAAUGCCUCAACUGCCCAGAACCAAAGUGCCCUUCGGUGGCCACCCCCAGUCAGGUCAAAGAGCUAGUGGAAGCAGAGUUAUUUGCUCGUUAUGACCGCCUUCUCCUCCAAUCUACCUUGGACCUGAUGGCAGAUGUGGUGUACUGCCCCCGCCCAUGCUGCCAGCUGCCUGUCAUGCAGGAGCCUGGCAGUACCAUGGGCAUCUGCUCCAGCUGCAAUUUUGCCUUCUGUACCUUGUGCAGAUUGACUUACCAUGGUGUCUCUCCAUGUAAGUUGACGGCAGAGAAGUUAAUGGACUUACGAAAUGAGUACUUGCAAGCAGAUGAGGCCAAUAAAAGAUUAUUGGAACAGAGAUAUGGUAAGAGGGUGAUUCAGAAGGCACUGGAAGAGAUGGAAAGUAAGGAGUGGCUAGAAAAGAAUUCAAAGAGCUGCCCGUGUUGUGGGACUCCCAUAGAGAAAUUAGAUGGAUGUAACAAGAUGACAUGUACUGGCUGUAUGCAGUAUUUCUGCUGGAUUUGCAUGGGUUCUCUCUCUAGAGCAAACCCUUAUAAACAUUUCACUGAUCCUGCUUCUCCCUGUUUCAACCGGUUGUUCCAUGCUGUGGAUGUUAAUGGAGACAUUUGGGAAGAUGAGAUUGAAGAUUAGUUAACUCCUACUGCUCAAGAUUAUGGAAGUGGAGUGGUCUGCCCAAAUCUUUUGUCAAGUACACAAAGUAACCUUGCAGGAUAUUUAGGGAAUCAUUCAAUCACUCAUUCUAUGUAACAGAUAUGGAAGAACAGGUUUAUAAUUUCAUUUAGUACUGUUGAUUAAGGCACAUUCAUAAAUUUUUCAGUGUAACAUAAACUGAGAAAAAUUAUAAACCAAAAGUUUAGAAAAUGAAAACUAGAGAAUUUUAAAUAUUAUAAUGUCCUCCCAACUCUGAAUAGUUAAAAAUUAUAUAUUUAUUUUCUUUAGGUAAGGAGAAGGGUCAAGUUUUAAGCUUGCCGACCCUUUUGUCCUGAGAAUCAUCCCCUCUAAGGUGUUUCCAUUGGAACCCCCUCAUACUACUCCUUACAGUGGGGGUUGGUAGGAGCCUUAUUAAAGUUGUACUGAGAAUCCUUGCAUCCUCUUACAAGCCUGAUUUCAUUUCCUCCAUGUUACUCACAUUUCUUCCAACCUAAAUUUCUGUUGAGUUAGUUUUCCUUGGAGGGAGCAUUUUACUCGAUAACCAAUUGGAUGGCCCAGAGUCUCUUUGAACUGCUU